AGACAUCGUAGUGUUCGAAAGUGGUGUAUGGAUCUCGAAGUCUCACACAUCUUCUAUGUCUGAAUCGCAUAGAAUUUUGUCUUCUAGCCAUAUGUAUUUCCACGGAUUCAAGAGCUUGCAAUAAGUACAUAAAACAGAACUCUCAAGACCUCUGUUCUGUCAGACUUCCAAAUUCCGAAUUCAUCACCCAGAAUAUAAACGUAUAUCCGACUAACCUACUCAAAGCACCGAACGACCAAAAGUACGCUUCUAUACCUGACAUUCAUCAUUGGUGCCCCCUCGCUUCGUCUUGCUCGACAAUGCUCUUCUGGCUUCUAAGCUAUUUCAAGCCAAUGUCACAAAGAUAUUCGAACUUCGAAAGUGUCAACAGAAGCAACGGAGGCUUCGAAGUGUGGUAUCACGUCUGCGCAGAUGCCGAGCCAGGGUGGGAAUACACACCCGAAGGCAAAGCAAGUGCGCGGGCUCGAAAGGAAGAAGAGAGACAAAAAGCAAAGGCAGAGAAAGAGGCUGCAAAAGAAAGAGCUCAGGCUACUGAGCGUCAACGUAAACUAUGUUUAGAGACCAAGAAGAGGGAGAAAGAAGAAGCGGACAAAGCGAAACAGGAGGAGAAGAGACAGAAAAGGAUUGUCGAGCAGGAGGCAGCUGCGAGGGAAGCUGCCGAGCUGUUAGCUGCCCAAGAGGAGGCGGCAGAAGAGGAGAGAAGAAAACUAGCAGUCGAAAGUGCGGAGAGGAAAAGGGUCAAAGAGGAGAAAGAACGAAGACGAGCAAGGGAAGCAGCAGAAGCUGUUGUCAGGCGAGAACUCGCUGAAGAGGAGCAAAGAAGAAAGAUCAGAGACGCCGAGGAAGCUACAGCUUUGCGACAACUUGAGAAGGAUGCAGACACGGAACUAGUACAGACCGGUGAAGAACAAUGGGCUCGACUCCGAACCAUUGUCUGGGCGGAAUACCACGAUCUCGCCAGAGAACACACGAGACUACAAGACGUCCAUGACGCAGCUUCCGCACGCCAAUGGCUUGAAAGGAGACGUCGAGCCAGACUCCACCUAAACAACAGCCACUCAGCCGGAAAUGAGCCUCAGGAAAAUCAUGAAGGUCAUGAUGCUGAGCGUGCAAGACUCGCCGAGAUUGCCAUCGAAUUGGCUGAUCUCGAGGCUGUUCUCAAAGCCAUUGCCAAGUUUGGGAUACAAGCCCCUACUCCCUCAAGCACUGACUCUUGUCCUUCCUCUCGUCCUACUGCCCCAUCGUCUCUGACAAAUUCCACAACUGACACUGACCAGCCUAACCACCAUCAGUCAAGCACAGCUUUAUCUGACAUCAGAGUGCUGACAGCUAGAGAUGACAGACUUGACAAUCAGUCCGAUCAGCUAAUGAGGGAUAGGUAUGACUUCCUCGUCCAGCGGGAGGAACAACGCCGAGUGGCGGCUAUGAUCCAUGUGUCGUCACCUCCACCUGGCUGGUUUGGAAUUUGCACUAUGAUCUAAAAGUCGAAGCUAUCUUAUCAUUGUUGGUGGGCGCCCCAUUGGUUACCGAGAAUGGACUGACAGCCGCGCCGUAGAGAUGCAUGAUCUAUUCCACGCCGUGUACUUUUCCAAGGAAGGCGUACCGAGCAGCUGGUCUGUAUGGACGACUACAUUGAUCCCUAGAGACGUUCAAUUGAG